GGGAAGGUAGCCUCCCUGGAGGGGAUUGGUUCAGCCUGUAAGACAGGGAAAUUAGUAAGGCAUGAGUCUCCAAGCCAUGCUGGUGGCCAGCACUCCGAGAAGAACGCUUUAGGAGCAAUUAGCAGCGAGCUGAAGGCGGCGGCGGCUGCUGCUGCCGCUGCCGCUCGGAGGAAGCCAGGGCAGCUCCUGAGGCUCCCUCCGCAGCAGGCACUGCUCGCUCCAACUGCAAAAGGGUUUCAGAUGUCCCACCGCUGCUUGACCCCCUGCAAAUAAGGGUUGACCACCAGAGGCACAUCCCACCUCUGACUUACCUUUCUGCAUCUAAGAUGGUGAAGAAAGGAGUGAGGAAGAGAACAAAAUAACUACUGGGAAGUCUCAAACCAGCUCUUUUUUCUGAGGGAGGACUCGAAGGAUUAAAAGGCAGCAACUUCUGAGGCGAUUUGUCCCCUGAGUUAUGGAUGUUGGUGCACUUACUUCAGGCCAGAUCAGAGCUCAGAGGGAUCUAACCAGAAGCAGCAACCACCGGCUCUCCACUUGCUUUUUACCAGGUUUUACCCUUCCAGUAUGUUUCUUUUGAUAAGACAUUUUCCAGCGCCCAGAGUUUCAGUACAAUGUGCAAAUGGAUACUGACAAAUGGUGCCUCAGCCUUUUCCCACCUGCCUUGUUGCUGCUUGCUGCUGCUCUUCUUGGUGUCUUCUGUGCCUGUCACCUGCCAUGACCUCGGCCAGGACAUGCUGUCCCCGGAGGCCACCAACUCUUCUUCUUCAUCAUCCUCCUCCUUCCCCUCGUCCUUCUCCUCUCCUUCCAGUGCGGGGAGACACGUGCGGAGCUACAAUCACCUCCAAGGCGACGUGCGCAAGAGGAAGCUCUACUCUUACAACAAGUACUUUCUCAAGAUCGAGAAGAACGGCAAGGUCAGCGGCACCAAGAAGGAGAACUGCCCCUUCAGCAUAUUGGAGAUAACAUCCGUUGAAAUUGGAGUCGUGGCAGUUAAGUCUAUUAAAAGCAACUAUUAUUUAGCCAUGAACAAGAAAGGAAAAGUCUAUGGCUCUAAGGAGUUUAACAGUGAUUGCAAAUUGAAGGAAAGAAUAGAAGAAAAUGGAUAUAACACAUAUGCAUCCCUAAAUUGGAAGCACAAUGGAAGGCAAAUGUUUGUGGCUCUGAAUGGAAGGGGAGCCACAAAAAGAGGACAGAAAACAAGAAGGAAAAACACUUCAGCUCACUUUCUUCCAAUGGUAGUAAUGUCAUAGAUGAAGGAACUCUAUUACCAAUUCAGUUGAACCAAAAGCUCUUAUGUCAAGCGUAAUUUGUAGUCCUCUCGAAGAGUAAGUGCAAAGAAAUUGCACAGAUAUCUGCUUAUUUGAAAAGAGCAGGGGAAGCCUCUGAAAGUUUUGAACUUAUUGCUGGCAGAUCAAAUACUUUUAUUAAGUUCAGUGUCAUAUCUUAAAAUCAAGAUACAAGCUGGAUCAAAUGGGAUGGAAGUUAUUGCCAGUGUGAACAAUUUAUUAUUUUUUUUAAUCUCUGCGACGGAAUUUAACAGAUGAGAGACAAUCUAUUGAAUGAUCUUCAUGGGGAAAGUUAUUUAUGGAAUACUAACUUGUAUCAAGGACCUUAUUUGCUUAUUCAAGCCUAAUGAUCCAAUGAACAGUUAGACACGCAAGCAUUUACUGGAAGCACUUGGGUCAUAUGUAAAAGCAAAGAUGUUUUUGGAGAAGCCUUGUGGAAGAAUGGAUAAGAUUAAGGAAUAUAAGCAAAGUAGUGUAAAACUGUUUUAACAAAACAGAUAGUAUGAUUUGCUUGUAUGUUCUAACUUCAUUCCUUUUUAUUUCUUUCUAAGUUAUUUAUUUAAUAGGAUGUUAAAUAUCUUUUUGGUUUGAAAUGUUUUCCUCAUUUGCUUGUUGUUUUCCCUUUUCCUCAGUACUUUAUGCAGAGGUUGAUAAGUGUCAAAACCUCAUAAGCACACUGAGAAUAGGGAAUGGACAUGGUUUAAAGGCAGAAUUUAAUGUGUAUAAUCCAUUUUUUUUUUCUUAAACUGUCUUGCACUUAAGCAAAAAGACCAAACAAGCAGUGCUUGAAUUUAUGGUAUUGGGUGUCUAUGUUGGAGAGGUUUUUUUUACUUCUCAACACUCAAGAACAAACUUCAAGAAAUACUUUGUUCAAAGGGUCUUUCUGCUGUUUUUAAAUUGAGAGGAGGGGCCACCUCUGUACUUGGGUGUCAAUGCAUCUGUUUGUAUAUAUGUCUGACUUGGAUUUCAAUGGGGAUCAAAGAUGCAUUGCAAUCAGUGAGAAACUUCGUGGCAAGCACUGGGCUGGAACCUAGAUGUGGACAGCCCAGUUAAAAUCACUGAGACUGCACAUAUUAAAACUAAACAGUAUGUAAUUCCCAAGUGUAAAAUUUGGUCUCUGAAAGGUAAGUAAGAAGGCAACACAGUCCUGCACUCCUUAUUCAGUUAAUAUGCCCAUUCAGCACAUUUGUCCUUGGUACCAGCUUGUAGAAUCACAGGCAUAUACUGGGAGCAAUACCUAAAUAAGGACUGAGGGGUAGGGGAUUCAAAAUCAUGUGCAUGCAUUUAUCAGAGACUAUUACUCACAUGUAUAUUAUAUAUGAGAGCCAACCAAAAAGCUGUGCUGGUAUCCAGCUUUAGCAUGCCUUUCAUAUCCAUCAUUGUAACUGAAGGCUCAAAAUGCAUAAUAUCCAGCACAUUUUUAUAAAGUGUUACUAGUCCCAUGGCUUAACUUGAGCAACUGCAGUAUAACAAAGUUAAGCGUGAUAUGAAGUCUGUUCAAUUAAAGGUACAUAAGGUUUGUUUUAUGUUUUGCUUUACUCUGUAAUUUUAGAGAGCUCUGGAUAGCUCACCAAUAUAACCAUAUUGAGAUUCAUUUUGUUAGAGCAGAUAAAUAGAAAACAGUACAUCAAACAAUUUGUACCACUGUCUUCACAUUGUAUUCCACUAAAUAAAUAAAUAAGCCUUUGCAGUGUCUGUAGUAAGAAACAAAAGUAGUAUAAUAUUAUUUUGUUCUAAAUACUUUAAGUGAUAACUAUGAGAUUAUAUUGAUGCUGCAGUUUUAUCUUCAAUAUUUCUUGUUGUGAAAAAGUUGGUUUUAUUUUUAUUGUUUGGAAACUGUAUUUUGGUACAAAGGAUAGCCUUGCUUAAUGUGUCUUUUUGAGAAUGUUUAACCUCUAAAAAGGCUGGUGUUGGAGUCUUCUAUAACUUAUUUAAGUCAAUGUUUAACCAGCACUUCAAUCUUAAUCUGUUAUUUAAAUAUCAGCUGUUGUUGUUUUUUUUUUUUAAGCAAAAAAUAAUAGCUUUCCCAUAAAAUACAAAAUGGUCAGAUUGUAUUUCCUGUACUUAAAUAAAAUCAAUUGUUUUAAAACCAGAAAGUCAUUUGAGACAAAACAUUUUAGCUGAUAGCUAACAUUACAUUUCAUUGAACUUUAUCUCCAGCUUGCUUCUUCACAAAUGUGACUUUUCUAGAAAGGGAAAUAAUAAUUUCAGAUUUUAAAUGUAAAUGCAGACAAUCAGCAAACUUAACUACCAUAGUAGAAGUGAGGUUUUGUUGUUUAAAGUUGUAAUCAAUAAUGAAUACUGACAAGACAUAACGGACCACCCACAGUGAACAUUCAAUGUUAGCCUGGGCAAUUGCAGUAUUGGCUGACCACUUAAAGAACAUUUAGGGUACAAAUUAGGUUCUAUUUUUACAGAAUUACCUAGUUUACUUGGUCAGGGAAGGGAUUAUGCAUAAACUUUGUAAUAGUACUCAAAACUUUAUGCUGCUCAGAGGCCAAAAUCAGAAAAUAUCACUUUUCCAAAGUGAGUCAGGAGCCAUUUAUGACAUGAAUAGUUGUUUCUGAGAAUUAACCAAAGCAAAAUUACUUUGAAGGAAUCAAUGAUUCCUGCAUCGUUAUCAUACUGUAUUCCACUGUGGUGGAAGCAAACUGCAGACACUCUAGAGUAUCACAAUUCUUCAACUAUAAGCUGUUUUCUGUCAACAUAACAUACUCCGGAGCAAAAGGAAAACGGGAGGGAUUUAAAAAGAAAAUAAAAGCAAAAAUCACUGAGCAACAAUGUAUAGCAUGUUAUAUUUAAAUAAAAAUAAUAAAAUCUGGGGAAUAGAGAAUAAGA